AGCUUGAGGGAAAUAAGCCAUCUUUUUAUUUAUAACGAUGAUGGCAACACGAAAAACAAAACACUUUCAAAAAUACAAAACAAGAAAACGAUGUAGACGAAACCUGAACAUAAACUUACAUAACUACACGUAACACGGACAGGAAACAUACUACAUCGAAACGAAACGAAAACGAACAACCGAAACAAUCCCGUAUGGUGUAACAUUGGCACAGAAACAGGAGACAAUCACCCACAAACAAACAGUGAGAACACCCUACCUAAAUAUGACUCUUAAUUAGAGGAUAACGCAAAAACACCUGCCUCUAAUUAAGAGCCAUACCAGGCAACCAAAACCAACAUAGAAACAGAUAACAUAGACUGCCCACCCAAAACUAACGCCCUGACCAAUUACACAUACAAAAACAACAUAAAACUGGUCAGGACCGUUACAGUUUGUAUAUGUCAAGCAUAAAAAGCAGGCGACAUUCUUCCUUUUCUGAUUUACAUCACCAUCUUUAUGAAUGGUAUGGUGCUUGGAGGUACAAGAACAGGGAUGGGUCAUGUCCAUAAGUGGGAUGUAAGUAUAUAGAGCUGGCAAGACCGUGCUGCCCAACACUAGGCUCUCGGGUCAUAUUGAUUGGCUAGUAUGAACAGUAGGAGGAUUUAACAGUAAUCAAAUACAGAUGCUUCUACCUGCAGUUCAGUGGAUGUGCGGGUUUGAGUCUGAGGAAGACAGAACAGCCAUAUGGUGGUCUAUUGUGGUUAUCUAUCUUCAGUUAGAAGCUUCGAAAAAAACGUAUUGAUGUACUUGGCUCAAUUGACAAACAAAGAAAAAGAAGAUAUAAAAUCGAACUAUUUUAUAUUUCGGCAGAAGUGUAUUGGAGUUGUGUGGGUCAGUUCCAAAGAGUCUACAUUUUGACAAGAGGACACUAGCUACUCUCUCUCAUACGACCCAAAUAAAGGGCUAGAAUCAUUCCCAAGCAUUCCAUUACCGUCCGACCUCCAGAACGUAGCCCAGCGAAUGGACGAUCAUCAACCCGGCACACAGAGCUUCAUUCCCCGUGAGGCUCCAGUCUGCGCAUCGGUACCUACUAAACCGCCCAUGCGCUUGUCCAUAAGCUCGACCACCGGGAGCCGCUUCGAGCUCUCUGCCCAUCCGGGAGAGACGGUGGAGGUGGUGAGAAGACGACUUUCGCAAAAGCUCAGAGUGUCGAAGGAAAGAUUCGUCUUGCUGCAUAAGGAAGGGAAACUCCAGAACCUGGGUGUAGUUGAUGGGAGUAAACUGAUGCUGGUCCCAACUAUUGAAGCAGGCUUAUUGACCCAACCAUCCGGAACAGAGCAGACCAUAAUGCAAGCUUUGGAGAGUUUAACUGAAACUCAGGUCAGUGAUUUCCUGUCUGGCCGUUCACCCCUGACCCUUUCCCUCGGGGUCGGUGAUCACGUGAUGUUUGUCCAUUUACAACUGGCCCCCCAGAAUGUUAAUGGGCAGCAGCAGAGACACCUCAUUGCCCGGAGCGCGGGCAUAGCUGGGGUUGAACAGGGUGACUGCAGUGUGGCUGGUACUCCCACCUCUAAGAAACCAGCUGCCGGGGAACCAGGUGCUGUCAUAGAGAGCUUUGUGAGCCAUGCCCCAGGAGUCUUCUCAGGAACCUUCUCAGGCACUCUACACGCAGCCGGUCAGGACAGAACCACAUCAUCCAGGCAAGGCAUCAACACCAUCCUCCAGAUCCUCAAUGACCUGCUUAGUGCUACUCGCCACCACCAGGGGGCUCCACUGUCCCUCUCCCAGCUCCGCUGCCCUCCUCCCAGCACUCCAACCAGCAGCACCCAGAGUACCCCCACCUCGCCCUCCCCACCGCCCUCACCUCUCACCCCGGAUCCCGUCACCACUGCUACCUCAGGACCACUUAUGGACCACGACAGCCAGGGACAGCGCCGCUCAUAUAAACCUACUGCAGACCAGUGUUUCAGUCAGUCCAAGGAGAACCAGGCAUUGCGCUGUAAACUGCAGCGUCUUCAGAUAUUGAUGCACCAGAGACGCCUGCAUAGGUGGGCACGCAGGGACACACGCACCUCACGCCCCUACUCUCCUCACCACCAUCAGCCCUGGUCGCCUGGACGACGCAAAGCCAACACCAGGCGCCAUAGCAACAGCAACAUGUCCAGCAGGAUAGCUCUUCCCUGGAGUUGCCAUGGAAACCCGAGCUGCCCUCCGACCUUGUGAUGGCAUAGGAAAGAGAAAAAGAGUGAGAGGGAGAAAGUCCCAGUUGGUAUUAGAUAGAACCUUGCGGCCCUGCGCGCCUGUGGGGAAAACAAUCUGUGGAUACCUAGGUUACCCCAUUGGCUCACAGUGAAAACUAGACUUUUUUCAAACGCAAUUUUUUUGUUUUAGUCAAUUAUAAAACUAUAUUCAAAAAUAGUAAAACAUGUCUAAAGAUGACUUUUCAACAUUGCCAGCUCCAGUACAUAGCCUACUUGGACACCGGGUCGCCACAUUUCCCACUCUCCCAUGCCGAAUAGACUGAAGCCACAAGGCUCUUCUCGCAGGCUCUAUUU